AUGUCGUCGUCUUCGUUGUCUUCUCUAGAGCGGACAGAUGCUCUGAGCCUCGAUUUCCUGGAAGCGGAUCCGGCCCCGACAUUCGUGGUUAAAGUUGGCAACGGCGCCGGCGCGGUAGCAUUCGAGUUGCUGUUUUGCAAUGCGGCGUUCCGGAACGAGAGGGGCUUGCGUGGAGGCGUGCUGGCGGACGAGAGAGCGGCCAUGCUGUUUCGGGCGUGGGCACAAGCUGGGGAUUACUGCAAGAGCAGAUGGGAGUUUGGGGGCUGCGUUUGGAGUGCGAGGGUUGCGGGUGUGGAUGGGGAUUGGAAGGUUGUGAGGGCUGUUGAAGUUGGGUUGGGAGAGCAGCCUUUCCGGGACCAGAAUGGAAGAAACACCGAUGUGCCCAUCGGGACAGGACGCAGGCUCAUCAAGAGACAGUCGACGGGCUGCUUGCUGGAGAAGGUCAGCCAGAGUUUAGCGGUACCUCUCCAGAGCCUUCCGCGGGUCAACUGGGGGAGUAUUCAAAGGAUGAUGGAGAGGAGCGAUGUCGGAGUAUUUGAGUAUGACCCAUCAGGGAAGUUGAUUCAUGCCAACGAGGCAUGGUACAGUCUAAGCUCCCAUCCCAAGGACCUAUCAGCGCACACAGACUUCUCAUUCAUGGAUCUCGCUUAUCCAGACGACCAAGCCCUCGUCAUGUCGGCGUGGAAUACACUAUUGCAGGGCCACCCAGUCACAUUCGAGAUGAGAUGGAAGCCGCGUCCGGGUUCGUCUGACAGAGCUCCACGCAUCCUCUCCUCAUGCGUUCCAAUGUUCGACGAGAACAGAAAGCUGAUCGGCAUAGCCGGGACCACCAUCGGCCUCGACGCUCAGAAAAAGUGCCAAGGCGUGGUGCAGGAGCGAAUCGAGGCCUUGGAGCAGUUCAGACUGUCGGAACUCAAGUUCGCAAGGUUUGCGCAGCUGGCUCCCAUUGCAAUAUACAUCUUCAAGCCGGACAGGGGCAUGCAGUAUGUCAACGACCAGUUCUUUGAACUGACUGGCCAACCUCGCGUCGCCUUCGAUCAACUAGAUUGGAGCGACUUCGUCGCGGAAGAAGAUAUCGAACAGGUGCAAACUGGAUGGUUAGCUGUGAUGGAAGGGAAGAAGCCCGACCACACGCAGUUUCGCCUAAAGAAGACUUGGAUCAACCAAGAAGGAGUGUGCUCUAACCUGUGGGUACAGGGCUCGAGCUCUCCGGAGCUUGACCAGGAUGGCAAUGUUGUCAGCAUCAUGGGCACGCUGUUCGACAUAUCGCAGUUCAAGUGGGCUGAGAGCGUGCAGCGCCGACGCGUCGAGGAGGCACUGGAAGCGAAAAGGCAGCAGGAGAACUUCAUAGACAUGACGUCUCAUGAGCUCCGGAACCCUCUGUCGGCGGUCGUGCAAUGCGCCGACGCAGUCAUUGGCACUCUACAGGAGCUCACGCCGAACCAGAUCGCUUCCAUGCAGUCGGAGAUUGAGAAGGUCAACGUCGAGAUUGCCAUGUGCAUCGAUUCCUUGCAGACGAUUGUGUCCUGCUCGCUGCAUCAGAAGCGCGUCAUUGACGACGUUCUUACCCUGUCGAAGCUCGACUCCGACCUGCUUCUGAUUACGCCAAUGCGCGUGCAACCGGCAGUCGUGGUUUCGGAGGCUAUGAAGAUGUUCGACGUCGAGUGCAGCCAGAUGCAAAUCUCGCUCGAGUUCAGAGAGGAUGAGAGUCUGAAGGGCUUUGAGUGGGUGAUGCUGGAUCCGUCACGCCUGCUACAAGUCCUAAUCAACCUUCUCACCAACGCUAUCAAAUUCACAAAAGACCACCCAGUCCGCAACGUCACUGUUACACUGGGUGGCGCCUGGACGCGCCCAUCGGUCGAAUGGCAAGCAAUGUCCUUCGCUCAGAACGGAAAUCCUCAAAGCGACAUAUGCGACAAGCCGGAAUGGGGGAGCGGACGAAAGGGCUUCAUCUGGUUAAAGGUUGUCGACACGGGUUGCGGAAUGAUCGUCGACGAGCAGAAGGAGCUCUUUUCUAGGUUCACGCAGGCUUCCCCUCGAACGCAUGUAAAAUACGGCGGCUCUGGCCUCGGUCUCUUCAUAUCCCAAUCGCUAGCCUCGCUUCAAGGCGGCGCAAUAGGCGUCACUUCCGAAGCCGACAGCGGCUCGACAUUCGCCUUCUACGUCGGCACCCGCAUCGCUCAAGCUCCCUCGGGUGCGGACGCCGGAAAAUUCAUCCUCCCUACACCACAUCUGGCUGCGUCUACGGAAGACGCUUUCAAUGUCGCGGGCUUAAAUAUCCUUUUGGUAGAGGACAACCUGGUUAACCAGAAAGUCCUAAGUACACAGCUGCAGAAAGCGGGUUGCAACGUCAGCAUUGCCGGGAAUGGCGCCGAGGCGCUGGAGUGGUUGAAGGAUAGCGUGUAUUGGCGGGGUGUUGAGGAAGAAAACGCCGUUAUUAUGAAUGGCAACGGCGGUUGCCAUAUCACUCUUCCUCCUUCUCCUCCGGAAGAAGUACCAUCCACCCGCGAGACCUCCGCGAAACACGCCCUCGACAUCGUCCUCAUGGACAUCGAGAUGCCCAUCAUGGGAGGCCUAACGUGCGCCCGCCUCAUCCGCGACUUCGAGGCCCAAGGUCUCCUCUCCGCACCGGACCCUCCCCCUCGCCAACGCACUCCACAACUUUCCUCCGCCUCGGUCUCUCCCAUAUCGUCCUUCUACCAGCUCAACAUCGGCGUGGAACAUGCUCCCCUCGGCACCCUCACCCCGUCGCGGCUCGCGAAGCGGCGCAGACUACCCAUUCUGGCCGUCAGCGCGAAUGCACGCAGCGAGCAGAUCGAGCAGGCGCUUGCGGCGGGCAUGGACGAUGCUAUUUCGAAACCGUUUCGCAUUCUGGACUUGUGGCCUAAGAUGUCCCGGCUGGUUCCGAGAUGCGAAGCCCUGCUUUCAUAG